UGUCUCUCCUCAUUCAUGAAGUGAAGCAGUCGUCAGAGCUCCAUCUUCUCCACGCUCCGUGUCCAGGAUGGAGGCUGUGGCUCUUUUCUCCUUCACGGCGUCCGAGGCGGACGAGAUCAGCUUUCAGAAAGGAGACAUAAUCAAGGUGACAGAAAUGGAGGAUGAUUCUUGCUGGUUCACAGCAGAGAUCCACGGGAAGCGUGGCUACGUGCCUGAGAACUACAUUUCCGUCCUCCCACAUCCGUGGUUUGCAGGACCCGUGUCAAGACUCGAGGCUGAGCAGCGGCUCCGCUGGCAGGAUACCGGAGUGUUUCUGGUGAGGGAGAGUGAAUCAGCUCCUGGAGAGUUCUCCGUCUCCGUUAGCUACGGUGACAGGGUGGAGCACUUCCGGGUGCUGGAGGGGGCCGGUCAGUACGGCAUCUGGGACGAGUCGUUCAGCUCCCUGAACCGGAUGGUGGACUUCUACCGGACUCACAGCAUCGCCGUGGACAAAGUCAUCUUCCUCAGAGACCCCCCCUCCUCCCCUCACCUGCCCCCCCACCCCGGACGCAACCCCUACCCCAACCCGUACAGAAGCAGCUCCCAGGAGUCCAUCCCCUCCGCCCGCCUCCACUCCCACCCGGCCCACCCCUCCCACCUGGAGACCUCGCAGCGUCUGAAGGAAACAGUUCUGGAGAAGCCUCGUCUGGCGCACGCUCUCUGCGACUACACCCCCCCUCAGACCGCUCACCUCCACUUCCGGCGGGGGGACGUCAUCGACCUGCUGGACUGCUCCAGCUCCCUGAGCUGGAGAGGGCGCUGCCGAGGCCGGGUGGGGGUCUUCCCACCGGACUUCGUCCGGCCGCUUUACCACUGACGCCAUAUCAGACCCUCGGUACUGCGGCCGCGACGCUUAUCAGGGAGGCUGGAGUGACGACCGAACUUAUCCAGA